AUGAAGCUAUCCGCUCUCUUCUUACUGCCGGCUGUCUGCAUCUCCGCCGUUGCGGGAGAGGGCUUUCUCGACAGACGCGCCGGUCGGUGUCAACCAAAUGACAUUUGCCAGAACGGUGUCGGCAACAGCGUCGACGUCGAUCCUCCGUUAAGCAGUCGCCUAGCCGACUGCAAGGCCUUCAACACCAUCACCGUCAGUCCUUACACAGUGACUACAACUGUGGGUACUGGCUUCAUCGCCGUUCGAAUUCCCACGGGUCUACCCGUGAAGAGAGAGCCGCCCAAUGCCAAUGUCGUUGGCCGCGCUGAGCUCACACCCGGUGCCACUGCUACCACUAUCACCCCGACCAUGGUCCCGUCGUACGCCACGUAUUGCGCGUCGGCAGCUGCAUACUUCAGCGCCUGUUCGCGCGCCGGUAUCACUGCAGUUACGACGACUCUGGAGACGCCGACGUCGACUGUGACAACAACCAGCGAUGACUGCCCUAUGAGACGUAUGGUGAAGAGAUCAGGCGAGGCCCUGGGCUACGAGUUUGAGGAUGGUUGGGACCGUAACAUUAUGCCUGGAAUUAGGAUAUACUAG